AUGUCUGAAUCAAGCAAAUCACCAUCAUCAACAAGAAGUGUUUUAGGUGACAUUUCCAGUCGAAAACAGCGAUUUAAUACUGAAUUAACGAAAUUGAAAAAUGACUCGUCAAACAAUCCAUUGUUUCAGCAGAUCAAUACGAAAACACUAUUUUGUCAGUACAACAAGCCAAGAAGAAAUGUUUCGCCGAUCGAAAUUUCAGUGGCCGAAGGCGCUGAAAAAUAUUAUGUUCAAUACAAUGAAUUAUUUGAUUUUAUUCAAGAAGCUCAUGUCGCUAUUGGUCAUCGUGGUAUUAUCAACACGAUGAAAGAAUUGAAGAAAAAUCUACAAAUCUUGCUCUCACCCUCUCAAGAUUCCACUGAAGAAGAGCUUCUGCAGAAAUUAGAUUUACCACUUUUACCUGAUGACGCAGGUGAUAUUGUUUCACCAAGUGAUCUUAAUGAUACAGCUACAAUUAUUGAUGCAGCAGCAAUCGUUGAACCUGUUAAUCCUGUUAAUACACUCUCAAAUGUUGAACCAUAUAGAACUGCUGCAAUUGAGACUAAUUAA